AUGAAUCUGAAAAAGGGUUUCAGUGACAAGGUUAAAAAAGCUAAGAAAAGAGAUGGAAAACUAGAGAGGGUUGAAGCAGGCCUUGCUAGAGCUAGAUCUUUGAUCAGAGAUGCCAUGAUUAAUCAGAGCCGUUCAUCACCCCUUAAAGAUGCUGAUUAUGUUCCCCAAGGGGACAUCUACAGGAAUGCUUAUGCUUUCCAUAGGAGCUACCUGCUAAUGGAAAGCCUCUUCAAGAUCUUUGUCUACAAAGAAGGCGAACCACCUAUAUUCCACAAUGGUCAUUGCAAGGACAUAUAUUCCACCGAAGGAUUCUUCCUUAAAUUUAUGGAAAUGAAUACACACUUUCGAACCCGUGAUCCUGAUGAAGCUCAUGUUUACUUCCUUCCCUUCAGUGUUGUGAUGAUGCAAGACACCCUUUACGAUCCAAAUUUCCCCUACAAAGCUUUCCUAAGACAUGCAGUCCGUGGUUAUGUCCAGACCAUCUCUACUAGGUACCCAUAUUGGAACAGAAGCCUUGGAGCUGAUCAUUUCAUGGUUUCUUGCCAUGAUUGGGGGCCUCCUGCAAGUUGGUUUGUUCCUCAAUUAUUUUUCACUUCCAUUCGGGUUCUAUGCAAUGCUAAUAUUUCUGAGCACUUCAACCCCAAGAAAGAUGCAUCUCUUCCAGAAAUCAAUCUGGAAACAGGCGAGCUCGAGGGGCUUACUGGAGGCUUGCCCCCAUCUAAUCGCACAGUCCUAGCAUUCUUUGCAGGGGGUGAUCAUGGCUUUAUUAGGCCUGCACUUUUUCAGCAUUGGAAGGAAAAAGAUGAAGAUGUUAAAGUUUAUGAAAAACUUCCUGAAGGUAUUUCUUACAAGGACAUGAUGAAGAAGAGCAAGUACUGCAUUUGUCCAAGUGGUUGGGAAGUUGCUAGUCCAAGAAUUGUAGAGGCAAUCUACGCAGAGUGUGUCCCAGUGUUGAUUUCAGAGCACUAUGUCCUCCCUUUUAGUGAUGUUCUGAAUUGGGACGCGUUCUCAAUUCAGGUUUCGGUUAGUGAAAUACCAAACCUGAAAAAGAUUUUGAUGGGAAUACCUCAGGAUCAGUAUAUAAGAAUGCAGGAGCAAUUGAAGCUUGUGCAAAGACAUUUUCUGUUGAACGAUCCUCCCAAGAGAUAUGAUGUCUUCCACAUGAUAAUUCACUCAAUUUGGCUUCGAAGGAUGAAUGUACUUGUUUAUAGUUGA